CCGCGGGCGCGUAUAUAAGGACUGGUCCCGGCGCGGCAGCAUCAGUUGACAUGGCGUCGUCAAGUGCGUCGCUCGAGAUGCAGGAUACCACAAGCGAUGGCGGCUCGCCGCUGUCGUCCAAUUCUGUCUAUGAAACGAAAUAUCAGAAGUCUUUACGACAUUACCUCACUAGGGAGGCCUUACCUAAGGAGUCAAACUAUCGUAAUUUGAAAUCCAUUGUGGAUGCAUCGCUGCAACCACGGCCAACUUUGGAUGAUCUUCAAAGAAAUACCAUACCGAGGCACCCGGCCACGCCCCACGGUGCAGAGGAGGCGCUCGACAAGGAGCCCACCGGCAAAGUCAAGCUGGGAUGGAUGAAAGGCGUCCUGAUGCCGUGCAUGCUGAACAUCUGGGGCGUGAUGCUGUUCCUGAGGAUCUCCUGGGUCGUGGGACAGGCUGGACUCUCCUUGACACUGAUCAUCGUAUGCUCGGCCAACCUGGUGACGUUCAUCACAGCGCUCUCCAUGUCGGCCGUCGCUACGAACGGCCUCAUCCAAGGCGGUGGAGUAUACUACAUGAUCUCCCGGUCGCUGGGGCCAGAGUUCGGUGGCUCCAUCGGCCUCAUGUUCACCCUGGCAAACUCCAUCGCCGUGUCCACGUACAUCAUCGGCUUCGUCAACAGCUUGCAGGACCUGCUGAUCUUGGACUGGGUCACCAGGGUCCAGAUCGGGCUGCUCUUCUUGCUCAUCGGGUCGCAGGUUGACUUCGUCAUCGGCGCCUUCGUCGGUCCCCUCGACGAUACUGAACGCGCACAGGGCUUCGUCGGCCUCAGCGGUGAACUGUUCUCGCGGAAUUUCUACAAUGACUUCAGGUACGCCGAGGGUUCAGAUCAGAACCUGUUCUCUGUGUUCGCCGUGUUCUUCCCCGCCGUGACGGGCAUUGUGGCGGGCGCCAACCUCUCUGGGGACCUCAAGGACCCCUGCGGAGCGAUCCCCAAGGGUACGCUGCUCGCCAUCGGCAUCACCUUCCUCACCUACAUCGGCUACCCCUUCUUGCUGGCGGCCACUGUGGUCAGGGAUGCCUCAGGCAACGUGACAGAGUUCCUGGACUACAUUGUCAACGACACUGAAUUCAUAGAUGGUGAAAAGUCCAUCCUCGACGCACCUUCCUUCACGGGGGAGACUUGCUCGAACCUCGGCCCCGCUGCCGUGCAUCCCCUCAAUCUCACACGCUGUGCUUACGGCCUUCAUAAUAACUUCCAGGUUAUGGAGCUGGUGUCGGUCUGGGGUCCGUUGAUCUACGCAGGCUGCUUCGCGGCUACGCUGUCCUCCGCCGUGGCUUCUUUGGUGGGCGCCCCCCGCGUGCUGCAGGCCCUCGCCAAGGACAGACUCUACCCCGGCAUCCAUACCUUCAGCUGCGGCUACGGCCCCAGCAACGACCCUGUCAACGGCUACAUCCUGGUCUUCAUCAUUGCUCUCGGGUGCAUCAUGAUCGGCGAGCUGAACGCGGUGUCAACGCUUCUCAGUAACUUCUUCCUGGCGUCCUACAGCCUUAUCAACUUUUCCUGCUUCCACGCGUCGCUCAUCAAGAGCCCUGGCUGGAGACCGGCCUUCAAGGUGUACGUGAACUGGGGCUCGAGCGCUCAAGCUGCCACCUACUCCACGGCGCUGAAGAACACCCUGGAGCUGCAGACGGUGGAAGACCACAUCAAGAACUUCCGCCCUCAGAUCCUUGUCCUCUCGGGACCUCCCAGCACCCGACCAUCCCUGGUGGACUUUGGCAACGUCAUCACCAAGAAUAUCUCCUUGCUCCUGUGUGGUCAUGUCGGUCAGAACAUCGAUUGGAAGAAGAGACAUUCCCUGAUGACGCGCGGCACAGCCUGGCUUCUCAAGUACAAGAUCCGCGGUUUCUUUAGCGUCGUGGAGGCCAAAGACCUCGAGACCGGGGCGGUCAACUUCUUCCAGUUGUCGGGGCUCGGCAAACUUCGUCCCAACAUGGCUCUGCUUGGCUUUAAGAGCGACUGGAAGACGUGCGACAAGGACGAGGUCAUCUCCUACUUCAACACUUUGCAUUCUGCAAGUGCAACGUUAGUUCUGCAAGUCCAAUACGGGCAUGAGAGCGAGACGUCCUCGCCCCCCGCCACCCCCGACAUCGACCGGGCCCAGAACGUCUCGGGCCUCGACGGUGCACGGGACCGAGGCGCCAAGAAGCGUAAAGGGUCCAUGACGGCGGCGUACGUCGGGAAGGGCGGCACCAAACUCACCAAAAGCGCCCUCAAUAACAUCACGCUCUUCCAGAGGAAGCAGAGGAAGGGAACCAUCGAUGUGUGGUGGCUAUACGAUGAUGGCGGCCUAACACUGCUCAUCCCCUACAUCGUCAACACCCGAUCCAAGUGGAGCAGCUGCAAAAUGCGCAUCUUUACCCUCGCCAACCGCCGCGACGAGCUCGACAUGGAGCAGCGCAGCAUGGCGAGCCUAUUGUCCAAAUUCAGGAUAGACUACAGCGAUGUCAUCGUCAUCCCUGACGCCAUGAAGAAAGCCUCGGAGGCAGCCAAGGCUGACUUUGAAGCCCUCAUUGAAAAGUUCAAAACCGACGGGGAUGUCGGGGACGGAAUGACGCUAACGGAAACUGAGUUGAUGAGUCAGCGCGAGAAGACGAACAGACACAUCAGACUACGCGAGCUGCUGGUCGAGAACUCCAUUAUUUUAUUCAAGGCUAAAAAAUACGAAAAAAGGACGCUACCAAUGCCCCGCAAGGGUCAGGUGUCGGCGUCCCUCUACAUGGCGUGGCUCGACUACAUGACCAAGGGCAUGCCGCCCUUCCUCUUCGUCAGAGGCAACCAGCAGUCCGUGCUCACCUACUAUUCUUAGGACCACUUGUUAUUCGCAGGACCAUUUGCUAUACUUAGGACCAUUUACUAUUCGUAGGACCACUUGCUUUCCCUAAAAUUUCCUAUCAUUCGUAGGGCCACCUACUAUUCGUAGGACCACUUGCUAUCCUUAGGACCACUUACUAUCCUUAGGACCACUUGCUAUCCUUAAUACCACUUGCUAUCCUUGAGACCAUUUACUAUUCGUAGUACCACUUGCUUUCCCCAGAACCUCUUAUCAUUCGUAGGACCGCCUACUAUACGUAGGACCGCCUACUAUACGUAGGACCGUCUACUAUACGUAGGACCGUCUACUAUACGUAGGACCGCCUACUAUACGUAUAGGACCACUAACAUCAUUGGGUCUACUUAUUAUUCCUAGGACCACCUACUAUUCCUAGGAUCAAUGGCUAUUCCUGGACUUUGUGGACAAAAUAUUCUUUUUUCUCGCUCAUCCGAACUCUAUGGAGGCAAACCCGAGAUCUUUCACCGUGUUUGCAAUAAUAUGCUCGGGUUUGUGAUUUUUAGUGAUAAAUUUUCCAUACAAAUGCUUAGCUUUUAAUUUUUUUUCGGGUUACGUUUUAAUAUUGUACCUUCGGUUCUGGUAAUUUGAUGAACAAUCUCUAAGAAAAGUUCCUUUUUUAUUCAAUACAAGGAACAAAUCCCAUGAAUUUGCCCAGUUUUAUUCAUUUUAAACCAAGUAUCAAAUAUACUAGCUUCGUUUUCGAUAUUUAAGCAAUCAAAUCUCUGAAAGAAAGACAGCAGUUCACCACUGUGUUUUUCGAAAUGCUUUAGCUUGUGAGGAAGAUCAAAAGACGUUGGAUUCAUUGAUCAUAAGUGCUGUUCGAUUGUAAAGAGAACUCGUUACCGUCCUGAUUCUCUGCUAUCGCUUAGGUUUGUAAAUCAUUCUUCAUCGUUUCUACUACUAUUCUAUUUUAAUUUUAAUGUCCUUAGUUACGGAAUAAAAUGUGAGUACAUUCAUCGGUAGCUGAAACUCUCGUUUUAUCUGAAACUCUGGAUUUAUCUUCAUUUAUUUUGGCCAUACAUUUGUUUCUUAACAUUCACGUAUUCAUACAAGAAUUUUACGAGGGUCGAGUGAAACAUGUUCAUGUUGCUGUUGACGAUUAUAUAGAAUUUUAAAUAUGCUAGAAUAAGUUUUCUGUAAGUAUAAGUAAUUUAAUAGGAACUUCUUUAGAAUAUAAUUUUGCUCUGUACAUUUUCCCCCAUUAUCAGUAGUUGUUUGAUAAUUUUGUUGGUAUCCGACGUCCUCUUGUUCGCUUGGUGCAUUUCAUUUUUAUAUCGGCGUGCAGAGAAUCUCAAAAAAUCGCCAAAACGAACAGAAAAUGGAAAAAAUAUUCAUUUUAAGUGCUCUAAGUUCGUAAAAUUUUAAA